UUUGACUUUUAGUCGACCUCGCUGUCAGAUUUCACUGUUCAAACUAUUUCAGGAUAACACUUGGAACAUUUUAAUUUUUUUAACACAUUGCUGUUUUGGUUUGUUACUGCUUCGUUAGCCGACCAGCUAACUAGCUAACUAGCUAGUUAGCUCGCAGCAAUGUCAACGUGGCGCGGGCUGCAUGUGAAGGUGCGGACGGCUCAUGGAUUACUUACAGCAACCUCCAGACGGGUGACACAACGACACACAUGGAUGUAUGGACAUUUAACAUUAUGUCAAAGCCUAAGUACCGGCAGACCUCUCCGGGAUGACUUCUUCAAAGACCUGGAAGCCCAGAUGGUCGCUAUGAGGAAGAAGGUGUCCUUAGCUCUGCCAGGGAGCAACUGGAGUCCCAUGGAGAUAAACCCGUUGCUUCCACCGGAGCGGGCCGACAUUGUGAUCGUGGGGGGCGGUGUGAUGGGCUGGUCAAUCGCCUACUGGCUCAAGCAGAAGGAGCGGGUGCGAGGAGGGGUGAAAGUUGUUGUGGUGGAGAAGGACUCAACGUACUCCCAGGCCUCCACCGUGCUGUCUGCUGGGGGCAUCCGACAGCAGUUCUCCCUCCCCGAGAACAUCUGCCUCUCCCUGGCCUCCGCAGAGUUCAUGAGGAACAUCAAUGAACACCUCGGCGUGUUGAAUGAAGACCCGGUGGACCUCCAGUUCAACCACUCGGGUUACCUCUUCCUGGCCAGUGAGGAGGUGGCUCACAUCAUGCAGGAGAACUACAACACCCAGAGGAGCAUUGGAGCCGAAGUUUGUCUUCUGUCUGCGACACAAUUAAAGGAGAAGUUUCCGUGGAUGAACACGGACGGGGUGGCGCUCGCGUCUUAUGGGUUGGAGAACGAGGGCUGGUUCGACCCCUGGACGCUGCUGAACGCCUUCAAGAGGAAAGCCAUCUCUCUGGGGGCCAUUCAGUGCUACGGAGAAGUCACAGACUUUGAUUACAAAACGAUGGUGAUGACGACCGCUGAAGGUGACGACGUGGACCUCAGGAGGAUUCAAUCUGUCAAAGUGCAGAUGAGCAACAGCCUGGAGUACCAGCCCGUGGAGUGUGCCAUUGUGGUGAAUGCAGCCGGAGCCUUUUCUGCUAAACUGACCGAGAAGCUGGGAAUCGGCUUCGGGCCGAAACACUCCAUCGAUGGAGUCCCACUUCCUGUUGAGCCUCGCAAAAGGUACGUGUAUGUGUUCAACUGUCCCGACGGUCCAGGUCUCGACACUCCCUUCCUGGUCGAUUAUUCUGGAGUUUAUUUCCGAAGAGAAGGAUUAGGAGGAAACUACAUCGUGGGGACUUCGCCAGUUGAGGCGGAGGAGCCGGACACCAGUGACCUGGAGGUCGACCACCAGUUCUUUGAGGACAAGCUUUGGCCCCACUUGGCCUCCCGUGUUCCAGCCUUCGAGAAGCUGAAGGUGACGAGUGCGUGGGCAGGUUUCUACGACUACAACACCUUCGACCAGAACGGCAUCAUCGGGACGCACCCGCUCAUCAACAACAUGUACUUUGCCACCGGGUUCAGCGGCCACGGCCUGCAGCACUCCCCCGCCGUGGGCCGGUCUGUGGCCGAACUCAUCCUGGACGGACAAUUCAUGACGUUGAACUUGAGCCGCCUCGGCUUCAAACGCAUCCUGUCCCAAGAACCCAUGCUGGAGAAGAACAUCGUGUAGCGGAGCAGCUGGGACCUCGACGCCUACACUUCACACUGUUACUACAGCCAAUAUAUAUAUAUAUAUAUAUAUAUAUAUAUAUAUAUAUAUAUAUAUAUAUAUAUAUAUACACACACAUAUAUACAUAUUCUGUUUCAUUGUCUGAGGCUCUGGCCUAUGAGACUUCAUUGAUUCGUAAACAUAUAAAGGGAUGAUAUUUUUAUUUUUUAUUUUAAAUAUUCAUUAUUGUAUCAUGACGCAGCCUUUUUCUGACCUCUUGAAUCAAUACAGAUCAAUUUUAAUGUUU